AUGCCAAUCAAGUUGCCCAAGGGCUUUGUUCGGCGGAAAUCCCAUGGAAAUGCCCUGGACGAUUUAGGCCCUGCAUCUACACCUGUUAAACCCUCGUUCAAGGUCUUCGAGCGUCCUAGUCCGGGUCCCGUGAGAAAAUCUUUCGAUGGAACUACAACCCUAAACUCCAGCAUCAGCGACGGCAGCGGCACAAAGCAUUCCUUAGAAGACCACUAUGCUACAAAUAUCUUCGCAGGACUCAACCCUUCCGCUCCCGGCGCGGAAAAUCGGUACGUGCACCCCACCGAUCCCGCUCCCUUAUAUCCUGGAGAACGCGGAGCAGCAGCAGCAGCAGCAGCGGGAGGAGGGCAGGUCGCGGAAUUGACUAGUCCAAGUGGAAGCAGAGGCACUAACAAUUCUGCCUCGACUGGUCCUUUUUACGAUAGCUCCGCUUCCUCUGCCAAGUUUAGUUCCUCGUCCACUUUGCCUAGCUCAACUGAUAUCCCCAUCCAAGACGUCCCCGUUCCCCCUAUUCAUGAAUCUUCCUUCUUCUCUCUUCGCUCGGCUGGCCGGACAUUCUCAUUUGGAACCAAAUCUUCUAAAUCGCAUCGGCCGGAUGCUGCCGCUAUUGUAAACACACCCCGGUCCAGGGUGCUGCCAUCAACUGCUACGUCGACUUCUACCAGAGAAUGUGCUACAACGAGCAGUGCUACCAAUACAACCACUCCUCCGAGGUUGCCAGAUACGGAUUUGGGCCCUGGUGAUUCGAUGAGCUUUGAGAAUAUGUUUGAUGGGUUGGAUAAAGAGGCUGCUGGGCCUUUGGCUCCAAGUCCGCUGAGUCAGAACCCUGCACCUCCAUAUGGCUUCCCACCACCGCCAGAACCUGCAAAGGACCUCUCCCCCGCACAUAUUUACCGUUCCAGGGAUAUUGAACUCUCACCUCAUACAAAUGAAAACCAGAAUUUACAGGAGGGCGUCAUGGGCCGUACGCGUUCGAGGGAGGACGAUGCUAUAGUAUCACGCCCACUUGCUGUCCGCACUAGGGCUUCAGGAUUUCCUGACACCAAAGGCUCCCUUUCACCAACGCACAAUGCGCUUUCCAGCCCUAGAAAAUAUAGAAAUACAGUAUAUCUUGAACGCACUGCCUCUGUCGAAGAUGAGGAUGCAAAGAUAGUUAAUAGUGCUGUCUCUCACAGACGGACGCAGACAUCGGAUAUCUCUCCUGUCGGGGAAAAUUCGGACUUCUCCGGAAGCGGAUGGCAGCAGCAUAGUUCCUUGAAACAACCAACGGACUACGACGACGAUGAUUCCCCUGUUGCAGCUUCAAUAGCCGAGGAAGUCAUUUUGGCUGAACGAUAUGAACAAAAAGCUAGCCAUUCGGACAAUCAGCCUAACAAAGUGAUGACGCCAGCUCAAUUCGAGCGUUAUCGACAGCAGAAGGAAAUGACAAGGAAGCAAACAGACACGUCCUCGAGCCACCUUUCGGACGACGACAGUGACCACUACGAUGACGAGGAGGAUGAGGUGGAGAAAGCUCGCGAGGCUGCGAAGCAAAGAAAGAGGCAGGAAGCUCAUCUGUCGGUAUACAGGCAGCAGAUGAUGAAGGUUACGGGAGAGCAGGCCAAACCACAAGACUCAGAUAUAAAUAUUAGCAUAGCAGGCUCACUCAGCAACCUCAGCCGCACAUCAUUCCUUGCUCCGGAGACAUCUACCAACGGUAAUUCCAACGGAAACGGCAAGAGCAGCGACGGAGAAGAAGAUGAGGACAUCCCACUGGGCAUCCUAGCCGCCCACGGCUUCCCCAACAAAGUCCGGCCACCGGGCCAUCUCACUCCCUCAAUCUCAAACCCCAACCUCCGCUCCUCAAUGGCGUCGUUUGUCCAGCCCCCGCCCUCCGUCUCAGCCGAACCAAUCCCGCAAGCCAGCCGUGUCAGCCUCCCCGUCUUCGCACGCAACCUCCCACGCGAUCCUUAUAACAUUGGCGCGGGCCUUAUUAACCCUACACACCGCGAAUCAUUGGCUCUGGGCGGUGGUUCACCGUCGGUCUACGGUGCGCCGCCCGGUUUGCCACCCGGAGGACUUGUAGGGGUUAUUGCGAAUGAGGAGAGGGCGAAAGCUAUGCGUAGGGGAAGUCCGAAUGGGGCUACUACUCCUAAUAGUUUUUUAGGGAUGAACGGACCCCAGGGAAAUUGGAGUAAUAUGAUGGGUAUGAAUACACCGUCACCGCAUUUCUUGAAUGUGCCUGGUGGAGGUGGUUCGCCUAUGGGUCUGGGUCCGCAGCAGAUGUACUCGCAACAGCCACAACCGCAGCAAUACUAUGGCCAGGCGCAGAUGAUGACUCAAAUGAUGCAGACGCAGAUCCAAUGGAUGCAAUCCAUGAUGCAAAUGCAAGGCAUGCCCACGCAGCCCAUGCCUGGCGCAAGCCCGGGUCAACAGAUGACCACCCCAGGCAGCCCCAUUCGGCCUGUCUCCAUGCUCUCCAUGGGUCCCGGCCCCAACGUGAACCAAGGCCCGCCACAAGUUGACCAUCAAACCCUCAGCCUCCUCGAUCCGAGAUGGGCCAAUCGCCAAUCAUCCUUCCUCCCCAAUUCCCCUUACCAAACUGAUUUCGGCAUGAACAUUGGGCCUUUGCCAGGGACGGCCACUGCCUACGCACCAUCCGUCGCGCCAUCGGAGCGCAGUAACGUCGGCACCGCGUCGAGGUAUCGGCCUGUUUCUACGGGGUCAGGCAUACAGGUGGGUGGUAAUGAGCGGACGAUGAGUGGGAGGUCGUCGACGUUUACGUCUUCGACUCUUAAGCCGUGGAAUGAGGGGAAGAGGGGGAUGAGUUUUUCCUCGGGGACUGGUGUUGCCGGGGUGAGACCGUUGAGCCACUUAAGGGUUGAGACGCCGGUUGGAGGUGGGUUGAAUGGGAAUGGAAAAGGGAAUGAGAAUGAGAAUGGGAAUGCGGAGGACGACGAUGAGGAUGAAGGGUGGGCGGAGAUGAUGAAGACGCGGGAGAAGAAGAAGAGUGGGUGGAAGUAUAAGAAGACGGCGUCAUCGUUGGGGGAAUUGUUUCAUCACCAUCAUCAUCAUCACCAUCAUACUACGGCAGCCUAA